CCUCGAGCCGCCUCGUAGCCAAGCAAUCCUUGGAAUAACCUUCGCUUACAUUCUUGGGAGAACUGGAGGAGGAGUUUGAUUUGAUUUGAUUUUCCGAAUUGGUGUUGAUUUGUUCUUUGUGAAUAUUUUUGUCUCAUAUUUUGAUUUCAAAUAUUUUUCUUGUUUCCAUAUCUCGGUUUGUCCUUUUGGCUGUGAAUAUUACUUUUGCCAGAUACUUCUUUUCCUGCCAGCAGAGCAUGGUAUUACAGAAGAGCCAGCCGUAUUGAAGUAUAUCUCAUAGAAUUAUCUUGCAUUCAAAGCGUUCCGAUCUUUUGGUCUCGUGUUCACUUCCGCCGUAUCGCUUCGUGUUCUGAUACAAAUUGAAUCCGUCACAAAUACCAUACAUUCCAUAUUCCAUUACACGUUACAUAGACACCCCAGCCACCGAUAGAACCGCUUAUCACACGUAUCCCGUAUCGCAUUAUCACAUAGUCACUAGUGUCAAUCCACUUCUCAUCUAAUAUCACAGUUAUACCCAUCUUCACAUUCGUUAGCCCAUCAUUCAUUCAUAUAAAAGUUGUAUUAUCUGUACACCACACACUUUUCCAUUGAUACACAUAACAAUCGCUCCGACACUCAAUUUUCAUCAUUUUCAUCAUGUCGUGCAAAUCCUAUGACGAGUCGCUUUCCAGCAACGAUCUGUUUGAAAGAGAGGAAUCGAAACAGAUGUCCUCACCCUUCAACUACUUGUCGCGCUCUUCGUCAAACCUAGCAUCUAACAUUUCGCUCACUAGAUCGGUCUUGCCCACCAACAACGUUAAGGUCGUUUGUAGAUUCAGACCAACGACAGCCGAGGAAAAAGCCGCAUAUGACGAUAACUCUGUAGUGUAUCCCAGCAUUCAUACGGUUUCGGUAAAGUCCAAGGACAUCACCAAUAGUUUCACAUUCGACCGUGUGUUUGAUCCCAACUCGAGCCAAAGAGACAUAUACGAUUAUUGCAUCCCUGAGACCGUAGACGAUCUCAUGAACGGCUACAAUGGCACAAUACUUGCCUACGGCCAAACAGGGAGUGGAAAAUCGUACACCAUGAUGGGUAAACCUGAAGGAGACGAACGUGGUUUGGCAUCAAGAAUAGCAGAAGACAUCUUUGAUAGAAUUGCCCACGGAUCCCUGGAAAUUGAGUACACCUUGGCAGUAUCCUUCUUUGAAAUCUAUAUGGAACACAUAAAGGACUUGAUUGACUUGUCCAAUAACGACAAUGCUGACCACAAGUUCUCAAUCCACGAAGACAAGCUCAAUGGGAUACAUGUCAAAGGAGUAGCACAAGCAUUUGUCACCACCAGCGAGGAAAUGGUGCUGAUUUUGAAUGGAGGAUUGAAGAAAAGAAGUACAUCGUCGACGUUUCUGAAUCUUGAAUCAUCUCGUUCACACGCCAUUUUCCAGAUAGACCUAUCACAAAAACACUCACAAACUGAAGUUAUAAAGAAAUCACGAUUGUUCCUCGUAGACUUGGCUGGUUCAGAAAAAGUAGACAAGACAGGAGCUCAGGGUCAGACUUUGGAAGAGGCAAAGAAAAUCAAUAGCUCUUUGGCUGCUCUUGGAAAUGUCAUCAAUUCCUUGACGGACGGAAAGUCUACCCAUAUUCCAUAUAGAGACUCCAAGUUGACGAGAAUUCUCCAAGAGUCUCUCGGUGGUAACUCAAGAACGUUGCUCAUAGUGAAUUGUUCUCCAUCCACUACAAACGAAUUAGAGACUUUGUCAACACUCAGAUUUGGAACAAGAGCCAAAAAUAUCAAAAACGUAGCACAUGUGAAUACCGAACUCUCCAGUGCCAGUCUCAAACAAAAAGUGUCACAAUUAGAAAAGAUCAACGAGAACAACAUGUCGUAUAUCAAACAAUUGGAAGCUGAACUAGCAGACUGGAGAUCAGGAGAAAAAUCUCCCCGUGGUCUUCAACCACCAAAUUCGUUUUUAAGUAAGUCCAUGGGUUCACCUGACACGCCUACCAAGGACAAGUACCAUUCUAGAAUACCUUUGCCAAUUGCGACAUCUCCUUCUAAGGCUAAGUUGCUCUUCAACGAAGAAAUAGCAAGAAAGGACAAGAAGCUUCAAGAAUUGGAAAAUACAAUAUUGAGUAUGAAAAUGCUGAACUUGAAAACUUCGCAUACCGAAGAAUCUAAGUUGUUUUCAUUGGAAAAUUCCUUACACAAGAUAAGCAACAAACUAAACGAUGUCGAGUUGAUCAAUAUUAAUUUACGGAAGCACUUAUUGAUCAGCGAAAAGAUUAUAGAAUCUCGUGAUCUGAAAAUCAAUAAGUUAAAGAAUGCAUUGAAGGAACAACAACUAUUGAUCUCAAGAGAGACCUUGGGUUUCCGCAACAAGCUUGCUGACAUUCAAACUAAGCUUGAGGAACUCAAUAACAAGAAACACGAGGAGUUGAAACUCCGUCGUGAAACAUUAGUCUGGGAAAUGGAAAAGGACAAAUUGAAACACAAAUCGAAUGGUUCAAAAGAUACCGAGAAAGACGCCAGAAUACUGCUAGUCUCCGGAUCAGAAACAUUGGCUGAAAAAGAAAAUCUUCAUGAAGGUUUCUCUAUCAACCUGUCUAAGAAGUUGCACUCCCCCAAUACCUUCACUGACAGAUUACCAAGUUUAAAAACAAUACAGACUGCGGACCUGGACAUCAUGAACUUCCAUCAAGAGUAUCUUUCUGUAAGCGAGUUCUUGUCUGAAAGUAGAAGACGGUCAAACAUGAUUGAAGCUGUCAUAAACGACGCAGAAACAUCUGAAACAUCAGGAAUGUUCGAUAGUUCGCCUUCAAAAUCACCCACCAAGGGAAUUAAUCUCCGUAUAAUUAAACCCAUUCGAGGAGGAGCAUUACCCAAUCCAAUCAAUUUAUUUCAUUGA